AUGUCAGAACCUAGUGAAAUGAAUUUUGAGAAGAUGAGAAAAAUGGAUGGAGUUAAAUUUGAAGGCACUACUGAUCCCACGAUAUCUGAACAAUGGCUCGAGCGCAUGGAGAGGGUCUUUGAACAACUAGAGUGUACUAAUGUUGCCAAAUUUAAGCAUUCUAUCUCUCUUUUACAAAAGGAUGCCUAUGAUUGGUGGGUAAGCGUGCCAAAUGCAAAAGCAAAACCUCCGAGAAUCAACAAAAAUUUCUCAGGCUUUCUCGUUAUGCUGGAGGUAUUAUUGAUGAUGAAAGAGACAAGUGCAGAAGAUUUGAAUGGUUCAAACCAAAAAUCUGUGGCAAUCUUGCAACUUGAGGAUUUUUCCAAGCUAGUUUCAGCUGCUCUUACUUGGGAAAGAAUUGACAAGGAAGAAGCUAGUAGGAGAGAAAACAAGUUUAGGAAGGGUAAUUCAGAUUAUGGCGGUCCAUACAAGAAGGGAAAGUUUGACUAUUCCAAGACUGAAAGUGCAAAGAAGUCAUCAUAUCAUAAGCAGAAUAAGCCAAAUUUCUCUACUUAUAGUACUCCAAAUUAUGGCCAAGGCAAAACUUAUACACCUACUUGUGCACAGUGCGGGAAGAAUCACUAUGGUGCCUACAGAAGAGCUUCUAGUGCUUGUUUUAAUUGUGGAAGUCAGGAUCAUAAAGUAAAGGAUUGUCCUAAUCCUGAUCCUCUUUCUUCUACACAUACAGAGGGAUCAGUUCAAAAGCCUAUCACUACUCAUUCUCAAGCUAAUAGCGGUGCAAGACCUAGAAAUAUUCAAGAAGCAGGUUCGGGUGGAGUUAAUCAGGGUACUGGGUCGAGAGCUAUUUCACGAGUCUAUGCUAUGAGAUAA